UGAGCUUUGGGUGGUGAGAGCCCCAGGCUACAGGCCAGGAACUGAUACCAGCCCUUUGUACAAGAGGGUACAGGACCUGUGAUACAGCCAGGUGACCAGACAGACACACAGYAGGAGCCAAGGACUCAGCUGGAAGAGCCAGGACUUUCACAAGCACAGACUGCGUGAGUAUGAAAUCCCAGAGCUUUCUUUGGGAUCCCUCAGAGGCACCCAGCUUGAGAUGUUUUGGKUUUUUUUGUUGCACUGAGAUUAAAUUAUUUUAAGGAUACAGACRUCUGAGACUCUGCUUAGAGAAACUCCAGAUAGAGCCAGUAAGGAAAGCUGAGGUCUGACUGAGUGUGGGGUGUGUAGGGAGUCAAGUGAAGCACUUGCUGGGUCACUGGAACCACCGAGUGAGAAAGGGCUCCAGUGCCAGUGUGACUGACACAGUGCUUUUUGGAUGGUCAGACAAGGAAMGUUUCCUUAAGAGCAAGGAAUACUUCUAAUGAAAGCCUGAUCGGUGACACAUCCACUUGCUGGCCACACAUAUUUGUGGAUAUAUUUUUAUCCUGCAUUCUUACCAGUCUUCUCUGAACUGCUUGUCAUCUUGAAGGAAUCUAGGGAUGGGAAGCARAAUGAAAACACAGUUCCUAAGUUUAGAAUCCAAGACUUAGUUUACAUUUUAAGUUUAUGCAGAGAGAGUGCCAUCCAUUGAGACUCAGUUUGCUUGGCUAUUUAAUGCAAAUUCAAAGUUUAUAUUUUCAGAGUUUGUUUUUCCUCUUGAACCAGUGAAGAUCCUGCUUAACUGCUGCUGGACACAUUUGACACCAUACAGUGAGCCUAAGUGAAAGUAUAGAAGGAAUGGUGAAAGAACAUGGAAGAAGAAAGAACACUUAGCACUUCUCUCCCAUCUUCAUAGCAUGCUAUACACACUAAGCUUCACAGUAUCUCAUGAUACAGUUCAUGAGUAUACAAGUGCACUUGUUUGUACAUGCAAAGCACAGUUGAUAUUCAUCUGAGGCCUGAGACAAAAUCAGCUUAGAAGAGGCUUUGGAAUGCAGACCCUGUUUGCUCUCCCUUAUAAGCAGCACAGCAGCACAAUCCAAAGGCUGAAYAUGUUGUCUCCAGCAGCUGCCAGGGGUGAAGUGUUAAUGACAGAGCACAAAACACCAACCCAUACCAAGAGAUGCUUGAGACCCUUUCCCUGGCAUUCCCUUUCCCUGCAUUGGCUUAUCAGUGACCUACAAACUGGAGGCUUAAUAUUUCGUAAUUUCCUGGAAAGGACCUCUUAAGUGAGCCAUGGAAACAGAUGACCAUGAAAGCAAGAGACAAAGAAAAGAAUGAAAGGCAUGGAAGUAAGCACAGAACAACCAGGUAAUAGGAACAGAGUGAAACAGAGCUUAACACAAGCUUUCACUGCUAUAUGGGCUGCACAUGUUCUCUGAACCUUUGAUCUUCGGUCAUCAAGGACAGCCUUGUGGCAAACUCUCAGGAAGCAAUGGAUUCCUUCCAGAGCAUGUGAAAGUCUCAACUGCCUGCAUAUUUGUGURAACUCUUUCAAGUGAACAAUGUGGCCAAAACAAUGAGUAACAACUGGAAAACCUCCUCAGAGGCUUGGGAAUUUUGCAUACAUCAUAGCUUCAUUUAUACUUUUUUUGCUUCUUAGAGCAGAGGAUACAUGUUUUCCACAUUAGUACAUGUAAGAGAGGCCCAAGUAAACAAAUAUAAGUAUGUAGUAUGUACGUGUGAAUUCAGGGAAGGAGGGCAGGAACUGAAUUUGAAAGAUAAUGGGUAACUCAGUUUGCAACCUUAUUGCUUUCAGGAGCUGCAGGUCCUGACAGAAGCAAAAUUAUUCUCRCUUAUCAUCCAUUCUGAAAUUGCAUCACAAAGCUGUGUCUUGGACUCAUCAGUCCCGACACAUGGUCGUGGGAAACAAGCAAAGAAGGRGAUAUACAGGGCUUGACUCAGCAGUGAAGAGAAAAAAAAUAGGGUUUAAGGGAAAAAAAUGACAACUCUACAUACUUUUUAGUUAAGAGAUCAUGUACACAUUGUUCUUUUGAAUAGCAAAGUCUACAUUUCAGCCAAAGUAACAACUGCAUCUUUAAAAAGCUAGUAGGGAAGAAGUAUGUGAUUUGGUAAAAAAUGAAAAAAUUUUUCCUUUGCCAUUUCUUUAAAGUUCUGGUCAGCAAAACAGAAUGAUCAGACAGUGUUAGUGCAGAUAUUUAGAAUUUUUAGGAGAUGAUAAAAGCCAGCUGUGAAAAGUGAAAGAAAAUUAGGAGUUUGUGAAUAAGUAAGUAACUAAAAGGGAGAAGGCAGAGACAAAGUAGGUGAAGGCAUAUUCCUUGGGUGAUAGAGGGCACACAUGAGGAACGACAAAUAUAACCUGUGCUUUACUACACCUUAUCAUUUUACUUGUGUUACUAAGAUCCAUCCAGAAGACAAAGGCAUGAUCUUUUCCUGGCUAUCACUUGGCCAUUUAAUGAAGGGAUACCACCUGUGACAGACACUCCAUUAUGUCCAAAAGUCAGAGCAUAGCUAAUAGUUUUUAAAUCAGUUUGUCACAUGACAUAACAGAGGGGUUGUUCCUUAACCAUUUAGAAAGACAUGAAGUCCUCRGCAGAUGUUCUAUCAUGCUAAAUUCAAACACAUGCCCCACAAGCACCUUUUGCACUUCCUCUGCUGUUGAGGAAUUCUUGUUUAUUGCAGGUCAUCAUUCCCCAGCCAAUACUCACUGCUUAUAUUGUACUCACCAGCCAAGAUCCAAGAUGCAGUGGACAUUUCCUUCAGAAAAAAAGAGUUGAGACACGGACAAGCUUCUAGCAAGUACCAGCCUCAUCAAUCAAGCAAAUCUUCUAAGUCCAAACAAGUAAAAURUAAGCCAGUGAUUCUUCCAGUUGUAUAAUGGGGAAGGACAGGUUAAAUGCAAUUUCUUUUACUAAGAAUUUUCAGGUUUGUUGUUGUGAAGGCCUUUGCUAGGCUAUAAUAYGUGCUCUCCAUAUGUGAAUCAAGAGGGUAUGUAUACACAGAUGUGCAUGUGUUUGUCAAUCCCAGACAGCUGGAACCCAUAAAAGCUGCUUGUGUGUGUGUUGUCCUUUUGUGUGCCUAAUUAGUGCAAAUAGCUUCCUUAGGUUUUGGAUUCACUGACAUGUGCUAGGCACAAGGAAGCCAGACUGCUGAUAUUUAAUAUUUCAGACCUCCAUACCCAAGAUGCAAAGCUUGGAAAGGAUAAAAAGGAAAGCAUUUGGAAGCAGUCUUAACAUAUGUUUGAAACUAGAAGACUAAAAAUAGUACCAUAUCCUAGACAUGUGACGCAGUGUUUAGAGAAGGAUAGGACAUGAUGUCAUAGAUUGAGUUAAUUUUUCUCUCUCCUGCUGACAUAGCUGAUCUGUUGGCACCCACAUAUGCCCURCAAUAAAAAAAAAAUCUUAAGGGCUGUUGCUUAUGUAAAGGCAGUGUGGAAGUGGGAUUGUUUUGCACAUUUUUGUGUUGCUUUUUUGUCAGUUUUUCCCACAGAUUCUUCCCCUGAGCCAGUAAGGUCCCUCCUUCGUCACCACUUAAACUCUUUCRUUUUCCUGAGAAGAAUGGGUGAGAGGACCUUACUCCUUUCUUUGGAAGCAGGUCCUUUAUCCUGUCAAAUAUACUUGAAUUCCUCCUGAAGCAACACCCAGAAAAGUCAUUCAUCCAGACAGUUCAAGUUCUUGAGCUGAUCUGCUGAUCUGUUUUUACUUUAGAAGAAGUUCUCCAAGACCACUCAGUCAUUUCUUACAAUGCCCGAGAUGAGAGAUGGUUGCUGUUCUCUUCAGCUUCUUAUCUCCAAUUUGCUUUUGCUGCAUCAGUACUGUGGUAGYUGAGAGUGGGGAACAGUGGCUGGUCAGCUAGGAACAUCUCGUGGCUGCAGUUCAGUAUSAAAUAUAAUUUUGAAAUCAAAUAUUUGAGGGUCUUGUGAUUUCCUUCUUGUCUGAUGCCCAUGGUCCUAAGAAGAGAGAUCACACGUGAAAUCUGGUCUCAGAAAUUCUGACCUAUUCCUCUGUCUUGGAUUGCCUGACUGUUAAAACAGAAAGUGCUGCCUUAAUAAUCUGGUGUAAGAACAACAGUGGAGAACAGAAAAAAUAGGAAGAAAGAAAGUAGAAAGUACUGGGAUAUAUUGAACCCCAGUGGGAGUUGUUAUUGAGUGGGAGUUGUGCACCUGCAGAGUUUCAGAAACACAAAUAUGUAAUUUAUAAUCAAUUCAGCAAAAACAUGAGAAGGAGAGAUUCAAAGCUUUUUUUCAGAUAUGGGCAGAGAAAUGUUUAUUAAGGAGUCCCACUUCCAGUAAGGCUGGUAAAGAAGCCACGGUAAUCCAAGGAAAAGACAGCAAUGGAUUAGAAAAGAAUAAUCAGGUAAUGAAUCUCUGAAGUUAAAAGGUUCAAGAUUGAAGAAAAUURUUAGCUGGACCGUUACUGAAAAGGCACUAUUGUAGCAAAAUCAAGGAAGCAGUAUUUUAAGGCCAAUUACAAUUCCUGAGACCUUUAAACAUUAUUCUAAGAUAAAAAUAACUGUAUGAUAAUACACUCAAUGCCUAUCCAAGUUCUGGGGUUUGAAAAACAAACUAUUUACGAUCUCUUGUGCCCAAUAGCCUGGCAAACAUGUGAAAUGCUAAUGGAGCAAGAUUGGGCUUUUUAUCUGCAGUUUACCUACAAACUCAGUUGCGGAAGCAGCAGGCAAAGCCAAGAGUAGAAAACUGGCCAAAAGAAGAGCAUGUUCACUUCUGCAGCAGGGUUGGUUUAAAAGAAAAGCUGAUACCAACUGAGAGRGUGAGCUUUUCCAAACUGGCAGUGGUGACUCCAGUCAUUCAGGUGCACCAGCACACCAGCAGCAGGAGAACCUUCCACUGAGCAGGAGGAUUUUGUUUGUACCUAAAGCUUUUAGUGGGCAGCGAUCAAUACGUUAUUGCAUGCUCUUUCACCAUGAAGGCCAUGGAGGAUCAAGUAGUCCAAGAAGAGCCGGGAUACCAGGAUGAUGAGGAAUCCUUUUUUCAGGAUAUUGACCUGCUGCAGAAGCAUGGAAUUAAUGUAGCAGAUAUUAAAAAGCUGAAGGCAGUUGGGAUUUGCACGAUCAAAGGAAUCCAGAUGACCACAAGACGGGCGCUGUGCAAUGUGAAAGGGCUCUCAGAGGCCAAAGUGGACAAGAUUAARGAAGCAGCAAACAAGCUUGUUGAACCAGGCUUCCUCACUGCCUUUGAGUACAGUGAAAAACGGAAGAUGGUAUUUCAUAUUUCCACUGGCAGCCAGGAAUUUGAUAAACUUCUGGGUGGUGGGAUUGAGAGCAUGGCAAUCACUGAGGCCUUUGGAGAGUUCCGGACAGGCAAAACCCAGCUAUCUCACACUCUUUGUGUCACAGCUCAGCUCCCAGGGCCAAAUGGCUACACAGGUGGAAAGAUUAUCUUCAUUGAUACCGAAAACACUUUCCGACCAGACCGCCUGCGUGACAUUGCUGAUCGCUUCAAUGUUGACCACGAGGCAGUACUUGACAAUGUGCUGUAUGCACGUGCAUAUACCAGUGAACAUCAGAUGGAAUUGCUUGACUAUGUAGCAGCCAAAUUCCAUGAAGAAGCUGGUAUCUUCAAGUUAUUGAUCAUUGACUCCAUAAUGGCACUUUUCCGUGUGGAUUUCAGUGGUCGUGGAGAGUUGGCUGAACGACAACAGAAACUAGCUCAAAUGUUGUCAAGGCUGCAAAAAAUAUCAGAAGAAUAUAAUGUGGCYGUGUUUGUGACCAACCAGAUGACUGCUGACCCCGGAGCAACUAUGACCUUUCAGGCAGACCCAAAAAAACCCAUUGGGGGCCACAUCCUUGCUCAUGCUUCGACUACCAGGAUCAGUCUGAGGAAAGGGAGAGGGGAGCUGCGUAUUGCAAAGAUAUAUGACAGCCCCGAGAUGCCUGAAAAUGAAGCCACAUUUGCAAUAACUGCUGGAGGGAUUGGGGAUGCCAAAGAAUAGGUAAAAAACUGAUGUAAAUGUACACUUAAAAACCAGCUGGGUAGUUGGUGUGAAGAUUUGUGCAAGGUCGACGACUACCUGGCUGCAUUUGUAGCUUUUGGGAACUGUUUAMGAUAUUUCUGGGAGAACACUGGGAAGAACUUUGUACAGCUCAGUUUAACUGAAUUUGGUUAAUUUAGGAUCUUUGUUUUUCAGUUCAACUUUCACCACACAAAGAUUUAAGCAAUAAGAUUGUGAAUUGUUCUUAGAAUCCUCUUCCUAUGUUUUGUGAAAAUCAAACCUAUUGUUUCAGAUAAGAGUGAAUAUAGUCUUUCUUAAUGUAUUUCAAAGACAGUGUCUAAGUGGUAGAAUUUAACAGUGUGAAAUGGAACAGAAUUGGAAUAAACUCAGUUAUAAAAUUGACAUACAUAUAUGGAAAAGGCUGUGGGAGGAACAACAGCUCAAUAACUUGAUGGAUUUUUAUGUACUGUAGAGGAAAAAGUAAUUUUAAAAAUACAUUUUUAAGCAUUUUUAUCUGGACUUGAUAAUGUUUAUGUUUUUAUUUAGCAUUUUCUACUUUUUGGACAGAGUAUUUUAAACCUGUUCUUUUAUUACAGUUAA